UGUUACUAAGGGUUACUAAGAGCGAUAACAAAAAUCAACCAAUCAGAAUGAUCAAAUAAAUACUGCCUAACGUUUCUGACACACACGGACAGAAGAAAAAACACUAUUUGUAUCAGUUAAUCAGUCUGCUAUUAACUUAAGCGCUAACACCAGUGCCUCUCAGAAUGAACCAAAUGAGGACAGAUGAGCGAUAUCAGCUGCCUGUUUACCAGCAAAAAAUGCACAACCAGUACUGGGUUUCAGUCAACGUCCGAUGGUUGCCAUGGGCAGCACACACACCAAAUCCUCCACCAGGAACCACUGAGUACCACAGAAAUGCUUUGAAUGGCAUGCUAUCACUUCCAGGCACCCCUAGCGACUUGACUGGCUGCCAGCUGCGUAACCCGACCUCCAGCCUCCCUCAGGGUGUUGCAGGGCCCAGUGCUCACAGCUCCCAGAAACCCAUUGAGGAUGCCUUACAGAAGAGGGAACUCCGCUUAAUGAAGAACAGGGAAGCUGCCCGCGAGUGUCGGCGAAAGAAGAAGGAAUAUGUCAGAUGCCUCGAGAAUCGCGUGGCCGUGCUGGAAAAUCAAAAUCAGACUCUGAUAGAAGAGCUUAGAGCCUUAAAAGACAUCUGUCGGCACAAAGUCGAGUGAUGAGGAGCCGGGAUUGUGUGGGUCUGUUUCUGUGACGCAUCUUGAGGACUCUGUCUACAUAAAAACACACACUGCCACAAACACACCCCUUGUAGUUGCUGUUUAAUCUGUUUACACGAUGAUGUCAGUGUUUCAGGCUCUGAGUUAUCCAUGCACCACCACCAGCAAGCAUAAGAACCUUGUUUCAGGAGUUAGGAGUGACUAUUUUAAGCCAAGCUUCUAGAGGAAGCAGGCCAGUAUGGAUCACAAUGAAACAGCAGAGGUUGAACCUGAACAUGUCACCAAUGCCUUUGCAUUAUCUUAACUGCACUGCGUUUUACAUUCCUUCACAAUUUUACAAUUUGGCUCAGGGGAAUUCAGGGGAAAAUGCUGCCAGAAGCCAAAUUAUCAAACAUCAGGGCUCAUGCGACCUUCAAGGCUGAAGUUUUUUUUUUUUUUUUCCAUUUUAGGUCUGAUGUCUCCAACCAGUGGCAUGAUUAUUUAUUUGAGAUAGUUUGCCAAACAUUUUUUGUAAUUUUGGAGAUAUUGCGGCAUAGCUGAGUGUAUAUUUAGCCGAAGUAUCUGUUUUUGUACGAUUGGUAUUAAACUUGCUGUUUUAUUGUUUUUUGCCUCUUUGUUUCUGUAUCUUUGAAUAUCAAUUUUAAGUCAUAGAAGUGCGCUUUGUUUUAAUGACACAUUUGUUGCUAGAUUCUCUGUGUUUUAUUUCUCCUCUGUAGCACGAAUUGUCACAAUUGAAUUUUGAAUGAA